AUGUGGGAUUGUGUUAAUCCUCUGUCAGUGUUGACUGUCCUGGUGUUCAGUGUAGCAGAAUGCUUCCUGUGUGAGAACAGCCUGACAGAGGAGGCAUCCCAAGAUGAGCAGCAUCCUGCAAACAACACCAUGUUCCCUGGCCCUCUGGAGGGAAGCAAGGCGCCUGUUAUCUCAGUGCCAGGCAGCAUGCUGAGAGGCAUUCGGCAGUACCGGGAAGACUAUGAGGCUUACCUGCGCGCUGUGGCUCAUGAGGCUGUGGGCAGCUUCGACCCCUGGGCCGUUGCAGACGGCUUGGCUGACGAGUUGCUGUCAGAGGCUCUGGCUGAUGUGGCAGCAGAGUUUCAGGAUGUCGUGGAGGAGUAUGCUGAGGCCAUCUUCACCUCUGAGUUCCUGCAGCCGAUCCGGUCGCCACCCGCUUCAGCCGCAUCUUUGGCCGGACAAUAGGAUGCUGCAGCAUUAUAGAUGCAGCAUUAUCUUUAAAACCUUUGAUAUUAUGUUUGCUGUGGAUGGAAAUUUUUACAUUGUCAAACCCUGGACUACUAUUAUUUAUUAUUUUUAUAUAGAGUUUUGUAUGUUGUACAAUCAGAUAUUUUAUUUUUGAAAGUUUUUAUUUAUUUGAUCUUAGACAAAGGUCUGAAAACACGUUCAUAGAUAACUUCUGCAAUGACACAAUAGGAUUUUAUUUUACUGGGAUCACACAUUUUAUUGUAAAGCUCGGCAGAAGAGAUUGUUGAGUUACACAGGGAGCAUUAGUCACAUUACUUCUUUUGGUCCAUCUGUAUCUGUGUUUGCGUACCUCUGGGAAAGUUAGUUUAGUGUAGAUAAGCUUAGAGAGACCAUUAGAACAUUACAGAGGAUUAUAAGAUUACAGCCGUCCCCUUGCACUUGGUCUAAAUCUCCCUGAGGAUUACUCACACUUAUUAUUUUCACAUUGGCAUAUGGAAAUAAAUUAAUUGCAUACGGUUUCCACCAAACUGAUGUAGUAAGCCAAGGACAUGGUGCGCUUGAGGUCUUGUAAAUUGAUUUCUCAUUCAUUUUAAUGUCUAAAUAAAGUGUCACAGAACAGAAAAAAUACUUCCCUCUAAAUUUAAUGUGUUACCCCUGUAAUCUCUGUCCACUCGAGGGUUGGACCACAUGAAAGGAAAGUGAUAAGGGUAUGGUUAGGGAUUUUUUUUUCCUUUUCAGGGUUUUGAACUUGGUUGAGAACUAUUUUAAUAAUUCUCUUUUCUGUGCUUUUCUUUCUUAAUUGUGGUAAAAUGUGUAGCACAAAUUAAACAGGACAAACUUGACAGGCUGAGAAAAUGUCUGAGUCCCUUGAGAGCAACAUGAAAGCCAGGCAGAUAGAGCAAUGGGGGCACAUGCAGAUGCUGCACUGGCCUGUGGGGACCAGCCUUUGAUUGGGGACAUACAGUGACUGAAUGAAUUAGCUCACACAGCAUCAGCUGCCCCGUAUUUCCUCUCAGGCUGUGUUGUGUGUUUUUGUGUGUGCGUGUUUCUUUGUACGAGGGUGUCAGAAUGCAUGCAAGCUUUAACAGGCUCAUGCACAGUGCACAUUUCCCCUUUGCGAUCUCUGAUAAAUACAAACUGGUACGUUCAAUGUGAGGGAGGUGUUGCUGUCUUUACAUAGGUAUAAGGAAGGCAGGUAGCUCUGACAUGCGACUGGGAAACAUCAAAGACCAUAAAAUAAUGAGUUGAUUUAUGAUUAUUUUUAGCUUUUAUAGUUCAGGAGACGUUUAAAAGACAAAUCAGUGUAUAUUUGCUUUGUCAGCACUGCUUAACAUCAGGGAGCAGCUUAGCAAAUCUUCCAGUAAGACCAAACUGUUUUGAUCUUUCAGGCUUUACUGUGGUUGACUUGGAUGUCUUUGAUUUUUCAGCGUUAAUGCAGUAACCACCAUGCACAAACAUAUUACUGUGGAAAGACCAGAAUUAGAACAGUUUUGCUCAUCAUUAUAAUUUCAAAUGAUCACAGAGAUUCGACCUUGCCAUCGGUCAGCGCUGACUCAUUAUCAGAACACUGACUGCAAUAUAUUCACGUUCGCAGGGGCACUUUGGCAUGCAGGUGUGUUAAAGUUGCUUUGUGGCAGUUGGGUCUGUUUUGCUCAGUGUUUACGACAGAUGGAUCCUUGCUUGUUAGUCAUGUUUGCUCCUCUCGGGGGAUAUUCUGUCGAAGACGAAGUAUCUGAGGGAUGAUUUCUGCUGAGAUGCUGGCCAUCACUGAGCAGUCUGUCGCGCAGACACCACCAUCGUUUGCAUUCUCAUAUUUUCCCCUUUUUUUUCAGACCAUUUUGAGACGCAAUUGGCCAUCUGAGAUCUCAUUAAAUACAUGACUGAAGGGAAGCAUCUGUCACGGCUUUGCAUUGUUGGGAUUAAUAAUACCUCUCAGAUUGAAUUGUUUGUUAUGUAGUUAUUAUAUGAAUCGAGUCCUUGCAGAGAGCCAACUAUACUCCCAAUGAUGGAUCAUGAGAUAGAAAUGAUUAUCUGUCAAGCUCAAUACACGUGCGUACAAGGCAGAGUGAACAUGUUGGAGUUAUUUAGAAAAACGAUAUAUUCUUCAUUUAUUUUUUAUUAAUGUAAGAUACAGUUGAGUAUAGGCCGACAUACAGAAUAGCUCACUUCAGCAGGAGGAGCAGCAUGACCUUUCUUUGAUAUCAUGGUUGAUCAAAGAGUGGGAGAAGUAGUAAUGCUCUCCACUUGAAGUUGCAAUACCACAGCGUAAAAGUGUUAAAGCCCUGCUUUCAAAUGUACAAAAUAUAUUCAGGAGAAAGUACGGAUAAACAAAGCGUAGCCUGUAGAACAAAUUAAAAGUGAAAGCAUUCAAUGCUCAUGAUUUUACAGAAACUGGUGUUUUCAAUUUUCAUGGUUGAUGCAUGAAUAUGUUAGCAGCAUGUUACUGUAGGUGGUUAAAGUGUAAUAACACUAUAGCAACAACUACAUUUAAUAAGAAUUUAAUAUCAUUUGCAAAGGUUAAAUAAUAAGGUAGCCUUAAAUGUACUUACAGGAAGUAAACGUAAGUCAGUUUGCACCCCAGCGUAAUUUACUCAGGUUACAAUUAUAAAUAUGUUCACUACAUUAAAAAUCAAUUCAUAAUACCUAUAAUAGUUGUGUUUUAUAUGAAUAAUGAACAAUGAAACUGGAGUGUUUUUACUGUUAUACCUGAACUCCAGAAGAAGAAAAUAUGAAUUGGAUGAUUAAUUGGAAAGCAGGUAAAGCUUGUUUCCUUGAGAUUUCACAGCAAAUGAAGCAGACAUGAUAUCGGAAGCUGAUUAAAAGUGUUGAAUUUAUAUUUAAUAGCUUUUUACUCUCAUUACAGUUACGUUGCUUAUAUUGACUGCCAUUCCUUUUUUUCUCCAGUGCAUACCUCCACUUCUCCAGGAUUUCUUUCACCGACUCCCUACAGAUCACAUUGUCAUCUGUGAACCAUGGACACUCCUGCAUCCUCAUCAGUCAACCUGUCCAUCAACAUUGCCUGGAAGAAUAUUACUCUUAUUUAAAAACAAAAAAACCUUUGUAACCAAGGAGUAAAAAUACUAUUCCUAAGCUUGAAUUGUAUUUUGUUCCUUUCCUAUUUUAAGUCAUUUUCUUGUUUUCUUUGUAUGUUUUAAUUAUGUCUUAAUUUAUUAUUUUCACAACUUUAUAGUGGUGUGCCCUGUAGGCCAUGUCUCCUUUAAAAUAUAGAUUUUAACGACAAGAGACUUGCUGGUUAAACAACAGUUCAGUUCUCUUCUAAACCUCCAAUUCAUUCCUAUUGGAUCACAGUACUUCUCUAAAGCUGCUAAUAUGAUAAAGAGGACAAAAGCGUCACAGCAACAGUGAAUUGUAGGGUUAAACAGUAGAAUAGUAAGUAUAUCUGCAUGUGUGUGAAACAGCAAGCCACAUCAUCAAACAGCACCUUAGGGUAAAAACAGCCAGCUGACAACUUCACCUUGCGUGAGAGUGCUGUGACAUACAGCACGGUGCCUUUCCUUCCAUAAGGUUGCUGGAUUAUUUUUUAAAGACAGAAAAGAACAACAAAUCUGCACCUUGGGUGCUAAAUUCAGUUUGCUGACUGCCUGCACUGUAGUUUGUGAGUCUUUUAACGGCUCCCUGAAAGCUUAAUGCUGCUGAGACAGUUCUUUCAUCCAUUUUUCAAAACCCCUGCAGUGUUUAUACCAACAAAAACAUUUAGUGUGAUUGAGUUUCUUUCUGCCUUUACUAGGUAAGACUUUAGUCAUGUUUACAAUGAAUUCUCAGUGCCUAGACUGGCCCUGAAUUGCCUCAGAGAUCUUUUUUUUUUUAUUUUUUAUAAUUGUAUGGUUCAGUAAAAUAUUUCUUACUGAAUAUUGACAUCAAAUAACAUCAAAAGCCACUGUUGAGAAGCAAAGUGCUGCUUUGAGUUGUGUCUCCAAUGGCAUGAAGAGAAUUCUUCUUACAAAAGAAAUCCACAUAAUUCAAUUAGCCUUUCUUCUCCUCUUGGAUCCAGGCAGUGCUGCCAUUUGGUGUAAUCAGAGCAAUCUGUCUUCCUGUCUUCCUGGCCUUAAGGCUUUUCCCUAUUAGUUUUCCUUAGUAGGGAUUGCAACUCACUGUUCUACACCAGAAGUGUAUUGGUAUUGACUUCCAUGAUAAAUACAAAUUGGCUGUGUGUAUUCCUAGUAGAGUCUGGUAACUUAGAAUGUCUGGCUGUCUUAUUCCAGGGUGAUGUUUCGGCCAUCACUAUUUCCCCCAUCAAUAUUCAUUUGUGUGGACGUGACUGCCGAUUGAUGCCACAACCAGACCAUCCUUAAGGGACUGUGUAAGCUCAUGUGUGGUCACAUAUGUGGAUGCGAGUGUUGAAAACAGCAGGCGUUACUGUGACCACUUGACACACUGCUGCUUAAUGUGCACCAUAAAGAAACGUGAGGGAAGCUAUUCUGCAGCUAUUCGGGUCAAGUAUUGCAGGACUGGAGGUUGAAAUAAGCGUAGAAAUGAAUUAGAGGAAUCCAUUAGGUGAAGCAUCUGUGAGAUUAAACCAGAUCUCACAACUGGAUUUAAAGGAUUUAAAGCUGCUGAGAGAAACGUGGUUCAUGUGCUUCACCCAUGUGCUUUGUUUUGAUGGUUGGUUGCAUUUUGAAGCACUUCUCAAAGCCCAAAAGAUUUGCUUCUCUACCUGAGUGACUGCCCAAGCUGACCGACCAAUCUGGCAUCUGCUGCUUUGUGAUGGAUGGUUUAAAGGGGUGCUGGCUCUCCCCCCUCCAUCCUGUUUCACUGCGCCCCCAUGCUCUUCUUCUUUAUGCCACAUGUUUUCCAUAUCAAAAUUUCUAUUUUAAUUUAUUUAUUUUUGCUUACAGUCAAACUCUAUACAGCAAAACCAGAUUGUAUGACACUGCAGAAAGACUUUAAUCUACUUUACAUUUAAUAUUCUGUGUAUUUUUUUCUACUCUUUCAUUAAAGCUGUGCCUUGUUCUUUUUUAAACCGGACUUUUGGGACCCCAGCACACAAAUGCAGCAACCUUUCUUACAGAGUAUGUGUAAUUUCUGCAA